AUGGCGGCCGAUUCUGGGCCGAAGCCACUGUAUGAUCUUGUGCACCGCCAUAAUGGGUUCCUAGUAAACCCUCUUCAGUGGACCUCUCGCCACGAAAUGUUGGCAGUUAAUCCUUAUCCUGUCAAUAAACGUCGCGCUCUGGUCAAUAUUUUAUUCGGCAAGGAACGCGAAUUCGCACGCUACAGGUAG